AUGGAAGGAAAGAUGCGUGAUAGCAAUGUUCGGCUCUACAUAGGAGUGUUGGUGAUGUUAGUCUAUCUACUCAUAGGCGCAAUUGUGUUUGUUAGGCUUGAGUAUCCCUUGGAACGAAUUGAACGCGAAACUCAUUGGGAGUACAGGGAGCAAUGGACGAAUAGGCUGAUCAGCGCUGGUAUUGAAGAAUCCGAGAUAGAUCGUCUCUUUGCUGAUAUUCGUGAUGCAGCCAUAAAUGGUAUAUGGAUGGAAAAGAAUGUGACCAGCUCUCCGAAUUGGUCAUUCGGGCAAGCAUUUUUCUUCGCUGGCACUCUUGUCAGUACUGUUGGUUACGGUCGGGUUUCACCGCGAACGGAGCAUGGGAAGCUAUUUACCAUAGUUUAUUGCAUUAUUGGAAUUCCACUAACCCUAGCCUUGCUAUCUGCCAUAGUAGCUCGGCUAAGACGACCGUCCCAACUACUACGCGGGUUCCUCAAUCAGAAAUUAGCCCAUAUUUUCCAUGCUGGUCAAAUUCAGAUGUUUCACUUAGCAACUGUAUGUACCCUACUUCUCGUAUUUGUCUUCAUCAUACCGGCUUGGAUCUUCACAAACAUAGAACCUGAAUGGACGUUUUUGGAUGCAUUUUAUUACUGCUUCGUGUCACUCACAACAAUCGGAUUGGGUGACUAUGAGCCCGGAGAUAGUCCUGACCAAGAGUAUAGGAGCGUCUACAAAGUGAUAGCAACAGUGUACCUUCUCGUCGGAUUAUGCUGCAUGAUGCUCUUUCUGGCUACUCUCUAUGAGAUACCAUACUUCGAUCUUACACGGUUUUUCCUCAAGAGCGAAGAAGAGGCAAGAAUGGUUGAUGAGAAUGAGGUUGGACCAAAAUAUGGUCGGUUUUCGGAGGAUGGCGGAUCACAGUCGUACGAGAACGGAUUUUACCAGAACCAGUGACAAAUAACAAAAACAGUUUUAUCAUUGUGGCUUUACGAUUUUGCAAAGUCUAUUUCUUAAUUGAUUGAUUUUCGUUUGAGAGUGAUAACUACUGGGGAUGUAAAGUAUAUUACUGAUAAGUCAUUUACGUCAAGUUUGUUUAGAACAUGAAUUUAUCGCAUUUACAUG